AUGUCUUUCAAAGUCCUCUCCCUGCUCCUCGCCUCUCUAGGCUUUGUUCUGAUGGAAGAAAACAUCCCAAGGUAAGUCCUAAGGGCUCCCAGUGGCAAACCAGUGCAAAGACGCUACUCGGAGGCCACCCUGGCGAGCGAUUACAGCCGCACGAUGGACAACAUGCUGAAGAAGAACUUCGUGGAAUGGUUGCUGGCCAGGCGGGAGAAGAAGAGCGACGUCAUCGUCGAGCCAAACAAGAGGGAGGCUGAGCCUCGGGGAGCAGCUACGAGUGACCAGAAAUUGGACCUGGGCACCCAGGAGGCCAAAGAUUUCUUCACCUGGCUUCUGAAAGCCAAGAAAAACCAAAGUUUUACUUCUCCAGAAGGUUUGAAGGAUGUUUUGAACCAGGAGUUGCUGGCAUGGCUGAUGUCAACUGAUCUCUGCAGACAACU